CAUCCUUCCGCUCGCCGAGUAUACAAAGGCUCGUCUUCGAGGUUCGAAAAUCGAUUUGACAAGCGAUGAAUACAACCGACUCGCUGGACACGGAGACAGGAACUUACUUAUAGGCUCUUCAUCAAAUUCGAAGACAUGAUGCUCCUUUAAUCGAGCUCUUUUCCUCCCAGGCUUCCUCCCAGCUUCCUACUGCCGCCCUCACUUCAGACUCUCCUCCUCGCCGAAAGUUACUCAGGCUGUCUCGACAUUAACUCAAGCUCAACAUGCCUGACUGGAUGUCAAUGGACGAAAUUCAGCGCGACGGCGUUGCCUUUGGGAGGUUGAUCCACGUCCUAUUAGGAGUCUAUGUUUGGGAGUGGUUCACUUCUCUCGGUUUCGACUGGUCGUAUGUCAGAGGGAAGAGAACUUUCAGAUGGCCUUUAAUAUUUUACUUCCUGAACCGAUACUGUCUGUUGAUCGCGUUGAUCGGAAUUGCUGUUGCUCUCAAUGUUACGGUAGAAAUCAAUUGUCAAGCGCUCUAUACUUUCAACCAAGUUUUCGGCAAUGCAUCAAUCGGUCUCGCCUCGAUCAACCUGUCCCUUCGAACAAUGGCCGUCUGGUCUCAAGCCUGGUACAUUGUGGUUCCCCUUGUUCUUCUUAUCAUGGGUCACUGGUCCCUUCUCCUCCAUGGCGUUCUCCUCAAGGCGGAAUGGGUACAAGGUCAAUGCGCGAUAACCUCCACAAGUAACAAGAUGCUCGCCGUCUCGUUUAUCUACACUAUGGUCUUUGAUCUCACGGUACUGUCGCUUACGGCGUGGAAACUUGUGAUCAAUGCCCCAAGUUCGAAAGCCAUGGGUCGUUCAAAACUUGUUGUGCUAAUUUUCGGUGAUGGUUUGAUAUACUUUAUCAUUGCCUUCAUUGCCAACCUUUUGGCUACAAUUUUCAUGCUGCUGAAUCUGAACCCCGUCAUGUCCAUCGUCGCGAACGUUCCUGCUGCCGUUGCUGCGACUAUUGUCGCUUGCCGUGCCGUUCGUCGAUUAGCGAAGUUCACACAUUCAGGACCUGAAAUGUUUUCAAGCACUCAAGCUUCAACGCUGGCGUUCCGAACUCAUACCAACAAGAGUGCCACUUAUCGACCCAAAGUUAGUACGAAUGGUAUGGGCAAAAACGAAGGUGUUCAUGUACAGAUGGAGACCCUUGAAUCACCCACUUCGCCAUACGUCGAAUACGACGCAAUGGGUAACCUCGUCACCAAAGCCUCUCCAUCAGACGACUUCGACGCAGAGGCGCAGGAAAUCAGACACGAUUUCAAGCGACCACCCUAUUAGAACUCCUUUGUUGCACACUUCUUUCCAGCUCGGAAUCUCAGAAAGAGCAAAAUUUCCCAAGAGCUAAUACCCUCUCCAUAUCCCCAACAGCCAGUUUUCUCGCCCAGUUUACUUUCGUUUCAUUCUUUCAAAUUGGGAUGUUCUCCUCUCUUCCGUUCGUUCCAGUAGCAAUCCUGUUAAAACAUGGAUCAUCCAAACAGCAUUGGAUUUUCCUCGCCGAACUUGUAUUUCAUACUUUCCGUCUAUCCUCAUCUCGCUUUCAAAGCUGGUUGACAUGGAGAACUUUGCUGGUGUACGUUUCAUUAAAAUCAAAACUGUGGGGUUAAACGCCUUCCAAUGUAUCAAAGACCAAGAAAAUUGUGUACUAAUUCCGUUUCGAGAUCUUCAAAAUCCGCUGUUGAUCCGCUGCGAC